AGUAGGUAGGUGCCUAUUAAUAAUUCUUUAUCAAUAACUCAAGUGGUAAAAAUUCUAAGGAAAUAGUUGAUAACAGUAUUUAAUAUAAUCCACAACUUUUUAUAAGUAUGGAAAUCAUAGAUAAACUAUAAUUUAUAAAUAAUAAUUGUUAGGUACAUCUUAUUACGUUUUUAUAGUUUCUUCCAAAAUUUGGGUCUAUACCACUAUGAACACUGUGAAACAUACCAUAGUCAUCCUCCAAACGAAGGCAUGGAAUGAAACCUUUUCAAGUCGGAUUUGUAUAGAUGGCCUGGACGACCCCCUAAUAAGGGUGCUAAAUUAAUUAGGCGACGGAGAGGUGGGGUGGAGGAACGAGUGAGCUCUACUGUCCAGAGACUCUAUUUGUUGUUUGACCUUCUCGAGAGUCGGAUUUGAUUUGUGGUUGUGUCGUACGAUUUUUGUGUUUAAAACUGAUUUAUGUUAUUUGAGGAUCACCUCUAGGACAAUCCGAAAUGCGUUACUACAACGUUGAUGGUACCUACAAAGAUCACCCGUACGACACAGAGUUUGGUUGGUUUUGUGAAGACAUAAGCAUAGAUGAAGCAACGCCAAGAUUUGAAGAAGAAAACACAAACAUUAGGGAAAUUUCUAGAUUGAACAGGAAAUGGAGGAGAACAUGCGAAACGAAUGAGUUAAAUGAUUCAAAUACAAACACUUCUAGUUUUAUUAGUCAAAUUGAGGAGUCUGUUGAUGUGCUUCAAGAACCGGAAUAUUAUGCAAAAUCAACAUUUAGUGAUUCGUCACACGAGUCGUUAGUAGAGAUAUGCGAAUUUAGUCCAGAUCCAACUAAAAUCCAGAAAAUUGAACUAAACAUCGACGAAGAAAUCCCAACCAACUACAAAGUUUCACUGAAUACCGUUGAAGGUUUCAUCGAGAACCCCGAAUCGAACUUUACCAAAUUAGUAAAAACCUGUCAAAUUCCAGCCAAAGAGGAUAUGAUGUCCCUAAUCAAUCCUGUAAACCCAGAAAGCAAAGCUUUGUUAAGUGUCAUCAGUUAUACCAGAUACAGUAGACUGAAUGACAAGGAAACUACAGAAGACGUUAUGAAAACUAUAAAUUUUAAAACGACCAAUUCAAAAUAUUUUCUUAGAGAAUCACCUUUCGGGGAACAUCUUCCAAAAAUCAACUUUCAAUUGAGCGGUAGCGCAGUCGAUCUUGAUAAACAAAUAGCUUCCGAAAUACGAACUUAUCACGCCACUAAAGAAGAUAACAUGUUGUCACUUAUGAUGGAAUUGAUUAAUACUGAUUUGGAUAGUAAUUUGGGUGAUAUGUCUGAACUGAACAACUCUAUAAAUGAAUUUAACACUAUAGGUACAGGAUAUGUAGAAACCAGUGAUUUGGGCAAUAGUAUACAUAGUAGUAUUUUAAGUAAGGACGCUAAUAAAGGAGAAAAAAGACAUGUUCUAGACAUUCCUAACAGAUCAGAUAUACUAAGUAGCAUAGGAUUAAGUGACGAAAUUGAUAAAAGUAUUGAAUAUUUCGUUCAAGAAAAAGCUGAAAUGCAUCAGCAAUUGAUUGAUAUAAAAAAGAGUUUUGAGGCUGAUGAAAAGAAAAUUGACUCUCUGAUGAGUGCAGCUUGUGCCCUUGAAAGUGACCUGAGACAAACCACUUACCUCAUCAAUUUAUUGCAUUUAUUAAAUAGUAAUCCAGAAAAAGUUAAAAAUAAAAAAUUUCCUUUCAGGAUUUUUCAACAUUCCGGCUCAUCCAGUGAGCAUAAUGAAGGCAACAUGAAUUUGAUUAUAUAAAUACCUUUCUAGGUAUAGAUGGUUUGGAAAGGGGGAUUUUAUAUAAAUGACAUCGCGCACUACUUCUGUUCAAUAGAAAAUGAAUGUUGGAAAAAUUGAGGAAUUCUUCUAGACUCGAGCAGAUCUAUUGUCCUGAGGGUGACGAAAACUGGACAUAGAUGCUUUACCUAGAAGAAGGUGCCUGUUUGCUGGAAUUCAAAAAAUAAUCUGAUUUUAUUGAAUAAAUAGGUACCUACCCGUUAUUUCAGCACAAACUAUAUAUUGUAUUUUUAUAAUUUUUAUAUUUUUGUAAAU